AUGUCAUCAUUCGUGAACGAAGCUGCUUGGCUGCCGAGUGCCAAUUCUCCUCCCGUCCAGGUCGGACCUGGACCCGCGCCAAACCCCUCAGAAAACGAGGUAGUGAUCAAGGUCGCUUAUUCAGCUGUCAACCCCGUGGAUUGGAAGCUGCAAGACGCACCAGAAGCCUUUUUUGAAUACCCCUUCAUUCUUGGCACUGAUGUCGCGGGCACCGUUGUUCAACUUGGCUCAAAGGUUACCCAGUUUGAAACUGGUCAGAGAGUGAUGGGCCACUGCGAUGGGCUUCUCACCAAAAAGACCACGAACAUGGGAUAUCAACUAUACAGCACCUGCAACGAGAACCUGGUUUCCCCUGUCCCAGACUCCUUGCCCUUGGCCAAUGCAGUUGUCCUUCCAAUCUCAGUUGAUACCGCCGCGACAGGACUUUAUGUACAUCUAGAGCUGCCGCUUCCUUCGCUGGCGCCAUCGCCCACUGGGAAGAGGAUCCUCAUUUGGGGAGGUGCCUCCUCCGUUGGUAGCUCAGCCAUCCAGCUCGCCGUUGCAUCUGGACUUGAGGUUGUGACUACAGCCAGCAGCGCCAACCAUGAGUAUGUGAAAAGCCUCGGCGCUUCCCAUAUAUUCGAUUAUAAGGACUCUGGUGCGGUCGACCGGAUGACUAGCCUUCUGAGACCGGGUGAUUAUAUUUUCGAUUGUAUCGCCUCGAAGGAAACACAGAAAACAUGUGCCGAGAUUCUUGAGAUAAUUGGUGGAGGCAAACUUCCGAUCGUCAACUAUCCCGCGGGAACGUUCCCCAGCACUGUGACGCCUUCUAUGAUAAUCUGUUUGGACCCUGGCUUUUCCGCUGCGCAUGUGGGUGAUGCCAUCUGGCAUAAGUUCAUGCCCUCGGCACUCGCUGCUGGCAAAUUUCAAGCGAAGCCGGAUCCUCAUCUGAUCCAUGGUGGGUUGAGUAAGGUCCAGGAGGGCAUUGACCUAAUGCGAGCGGGCGUUUCGGCCAAGAAGAUUGUCAUUGAGAUUUCCCCCGAGUAA